UACCAGUGUGAGCCAAUAAGGUUAUAAAACAUUUGAUGAUAUUCCCUUACAAUAUCUGGUAAUCGUGGAUUAUACGUCAAACUGUACAUUUCGAGGAAAGUACGAGUAUCAUAUAUUGCUCAAAGGAACCGUAUCAUUAGAUCGAAUGAUUCAGCCUUGUUGCUAAAUACUUUAUGAAGCGACCAAAAAAAUGGUAGGAUUCAUGGCACCUUUGGGAUUUCCAUCUGAAUCCACCUCAUACAUAAUCAGGAUAAUGUUUUGACUUUGACUUAUAACAAGGCUGAUAUAACUGAUUAUAGGACGUAAUUCUUGAAUACAGCAGAGGGGGCACAAGUGCAAAUGACAAAUUAUGGAAAACAAUCUAUAAGGCAUACAUUGCACGACAGCAGAUGGCUUGUGACAUUGACGUGUUUGAACAGCUGAUAGUUUGCUGCAGACAACUAAUAAAAAAUCUGUCUAGAAGAUGAUUCUAAUUGUAGUGUUAUGCCUCCAGUUUUAUGGUUGCUGUGGGGAGUUAUCAAGACAUGAAGUUUUACACAAUCUGCUAGAUAGAUCGGGCUAUGAUCCUCUAAUUGCUCCAAACUAUGAAGAUGAUUUCCCGACAAAUAUAUCUGUCCAACUUAUUAUCAAGAAUAUACACAGUCUUGAUGAACUCCGUAUGGAUUUCUCAGUAGAUAUUAUAUUCAGGCAGAGAUGGACAGACAAGCGUCUGGUUUUCAAUAAUACCAACAUCAAUUCUUUGGAGCUUUCACAAAAGAUGAUUGAGAAAAUUUGGGUCCCAGAUUCUUUCUUUCCGAAAGAAAAAAGCGCAACAAUUCACCAAGUUACGGUUCCAAACCAACUCCUACAUAUUUACAAGAAUGGAACCGUAUUCUACAGUAUGAGAAUAGAGAUGACACUAUCCUGUGCAAUGGCCUUGCAAAAUUAUCCUCUGGACAGACAAGUGUGUCCGAUUACCAUCGAAAGUUAUAGUUACACGAAGGAAAACAUAGACUACCACUGGGUCAGCUACAGACCUGUUCAAAUUCCUCCUGUCUCACUUCCACAGUUCAACAUGCCUGAUACGAUCAAAACAACAGUAUGUCAGACGGAAUACGGAGAAGUUGGGGACUUUGGCUGUCUACUUGUUGAGCUUAAGUUUGAGCGCAAUACUGGGUACUACAUAGCCCAAAUAUUCAUUCCAAGUAUACUGAUAGUAACGCUGUCAUGGGUGUCUUUCUGGGUUGAUAUGGACGCUAUUCCGGCACGUGUGUCACUUGGUGUUCUCACCGUUCUCACCAUGACAACACAAAGUUCCGGUGCACGAAGUGCGCUACCGCGAGUGUCUUACAUCAAAGCCAUCGAUGUUUGGAUGUCAGUUUGCCUUACAUUUGUGUUUAUGGCUCUCCUGGAAUUUGCAUACAUAAAUGUCGUUUCAAGACGGAAGUCAAGGCCAAUUCGUACCUCUUCACAGUGUGAAAUUGCCCUAAAGAGAGGCACGACACCGUCACCAAUGAUGCCAAUUCUGAAACACAUCGAUUUUAAGAAGAGAGCACGACAUGUGGAUAAAAUCUCCAGGGUUUUAUUUCCGCUGACUUUCAUCCUGUUCAAUAUUGGUUUCUGGGUAUUCUACUUAAUAAUUAACACAGAUAAUACAUUUUAGUUUUGAAAAAAGUUCAUUUGUUAUUCCUAUAGAAUGUGGAGUUCAAAGCACUCUCACCUCUGUUCAAAACAGUGGACAAUUUUCAAAAUGGGUGUAAAACACAAUUUGUUCU